UAAGAAAGCUGCUGCCACACUGAAUGAGACACAUUUCUCAACUUUGGUAUAAAUAUUUUGGACUUUUUGAUUUACUAAAAUAACACAUAUAUAUCUAAUAGAAGGCUAAAUUAGAGGCCACUAACUUUUUCCUGAUUUUGUUUGUUUACCCUUUGUUUGGGAACCAGUGGAUUUCAGGUCAAGGGUUGGAGGAAAACCCAGAUAUAUAUCAAGUAACAGUCACAUGAUGACAAACGUCUCACGAUAUCUUAUCAAUCACCUGGUGACGUUCUCCCUGCAGGAUGGGGAGGUGAAGAGUGUGGAUGAGGCCCAGUCUCGUCUGUCCCAACUGGCCCGGGCGGAGAAGCUGUGGAGCCAGCAGAUAGUUCUGGAGRUUAGCCCUGAGGCCCUCCGACUCAGAGACACACAGAGCCAGGAUGAGUUGGAGAAAUAUCCAGUUUCAUCUAUCCAUCGCUGUGACGCCAUGCUCACUGAGAAACGAUUUCCAUCCCUUCUGUUACUCGUUUGCCAAAGCACACCUCAGAAAAAGCCUGACGUUCUCUUCUUCAACUGUGAGACAGUAAGGGCGGAGCAAAUUCGUGACGACAUCACAAGGGCAGUGUCAGGUUACUCAUCGAGGUCCAAGAAGCGCCCAGAGGCCCUCAGACUUCCUCCGAUAGACCCUGUUCUUCCUCAAAAUACCARAGCAGCGAUGAUGGACCCCUACGGAAUUCCGAGUCCCCCCAUUCCACAUGCUCCCAAUGCCCCGCCUGCCAACCCUCCACCCUACCCGGGAAUCAGAGCGAAUGGCGUCAGCAGCGGGCAACAACCUGAUAGCUCUUUUCUACGAGCUGAGAAAGAAGUGGGGAUCCUUAAUCACUGUUUCGAUGACAUUGAGGUCUUCAUGGCAAAGCUCCAACAGACGGCAGAAGCUGCCUCAGUUUUAAGCCAGAGGAAGAAGAAGAAGAAGAGUCGCAAGCAAACACCAGAGGAGGACAUGCUUACUGCAAAAGCUCGCCCUCCACCUGAAGAAGAAUUCAUGGACAUCUUCCAAAAAUUGAAAUACUGCUUUAGCCUACUGGCUCGUCUCAAGUCUUCCAUCUCCAACCCAUCCUCAGAAGAGCUGCUCCACCAUGUGUUCAAACCUCUACAUAUACUGGUGAGGACUACCGGGGGCCCUGCUCUAGGGGCCUCAGUGACCAGUCCUGCCCUGACCAACUCAGCCGUAACCCUGCUUCAAGACAACCUGUCUGAGGAGGAGAGGCUGCUAUGGACGGCUCUGGGGCCCCACUGGACACUCCCACGUUCCCAGCUCAAAGGGCCAGUGGCCCCAUACACACCGGUAUUUCUGGACGGGUGGAAGCCAGAGGCCACCAGAGCAGACAGGCAGGUUUAUGAGGAUCCAGUUGAGUCACAACACAAACAUGAAGCCCUGAAAGAAAAACAAGAGUUGCAGCCUACUCAGCCAGUUGGACCUCCAGUCACCCCUAAGAGCAAUGAAAUGGAUAGCAGUGUCCUACCCCCCGAGGGAGAGAGGAUGUACAGUUGCAGCUAUGACUUUGUGGCCCGCAACAACAGUGAGCUGUCAGUACAACAGGGAGAUACACUGGAGGUCGUGGAGUCUUCCAAACGCUGGUGGAAGUGUCGUAAUCGCUUCAACGAGAUUGGCUUUGUCCCAUUCAACAUCCUGGAGCCAGUGGCUCACAUAGACAGCCCUGUCACCAUGAGAGAACCUAAGCCUCCGGUCUCACCUGCCCUGAACAUGACUCACAUUCCUCCCAGCCCUCCAGCCUUUAACCCUAGCUCCUUGACUCCUAGCCCCUCAGCGUACCACCGCCCUCGCCCACUAUCAUACAACCAAUACAGCCAACACAUUCCAGCCGGAGAUGACGCAGACAAAGUCAUGAUGGUGAACGACGAACUGCUCCAGAGACUGACCAAUGGUAAGGCCAACCUGAACAAGCCACUGGUCAUCCCUCGCUCGUCGGACACCUUGGUCCCCCUGGACUACAACUCACCCCCCGAGGAGGUGGAGCAGUGGCUCAGGGGGAAGGGCUUCAGUGAGACGACGGUGACAUUACUGGGAAAGCUGACAGGAGCCCUGCUCUUCUCUCUGAACAAGGAGGACCUACGACAAGUCCUACCAGACGAGGGCGCCAGAGUGUACAGCCAGCUCACUGUGCAGAAAGCACUGUUGGAGGACGCCCGGAAGGCCACUGAGCUGGAGGCAGUGAUGGAAAAACAGAAGAUGAAGAUGGAUCUGAAGCUGGAGAGUAGCACACUAUAAGACUCACGUUUCAGACAUCAUGUGUCACUCCCCCAUAAGGAAGACUACAACUAAAAGAGAAAAAUGCCUGCACACUGGCUUGAUUCUAUCUUACAAACAUUCAAAAACUGUCAGAUGUAACAUUAUGCAAAUGUUAUGCUUGCUCUUCCAAGCCAGACUGUGGAGUCUUGAAUCCAGGCUUUCCUUUUUGUUGCAAAUGCUUGCUUCAAUUAAAACUUUUUAGGAUAAAYUGUCCUCUGUUAAGCCAAUGUACAAUGUGCAUCCGUAAUCUUUGCUAUAUUCUAUAAUAUUUUCUCCUUUCUAUGUUGACUUAGAAACAUUUGUGCAUUGUACCAAUUACACCUGCUAUUUGCAGACUAACUUAACGUAUACUGUA